AUGCAAAAUAUCAUACUUGAUUUAAGCUAUAAUUAUUUAACAACUAUUCCAUGUGAUCUUUUACAAAUAAAUACCAUCAUCACAUUAAAUUUAGCCAAUAAUCAUUUUCAACACAUAGAGGAAGAACGAACAAAAAAUUGUUUUCCAUUAUCAAAUAUACAAACAUUAAUAUUGAGAAAUAAUUAUUUGACAUUAGAUAAACAAAUAAAUGAAAAUUCUAUGUUAAUUUCAAGUUCAAAAUUAUUAAAUCUUGAUAUAUCCUAUAAUAAACUUACUCAAUUACCACGUACAUUUUUAUCAAAAUUACGAAAAUUACGUACAAUAGAUAUUAGUGGACAAACAAAUUUAUUAACACAACAAAAUUAUCAAUGGUUAUUAAGUUUUCCAGUUCGAAAUCAAUUAUCAUUAAUUAUCUGUGAUUCUUCCUAUGAACUACCAAUUUAUUUAUUUGAAAAUUUAUUUGAAUAUUCAAAAUUAUUAUCCAUUGAAUUAAAUAAUGAUAUUAAUUGUGAUUGUGCUUAUAACAUAUUACCAUUGGAUAAAAUACGCUUUAAUAAUACAUGUAAUAGACAACAAAAACCCGUAUGUAAUUCGUUAUCAUCUAAAUUUGAACAAAAUCAAUCACUGAACAAACUAAAUAUGAAAAAAUAUACAACACAAUGUAUAAAAGAAUAUCAGUCAUUUUCAAACGAGAGAGAAACAGUACGACAAGAUAUACGAUCAUCCAAUAUCAAUCAACAAUUGGUCACUACCACAGAAUCACUAUCCUCAACGAUAUUAACAAAUUCUAUUAGAAACACAGUAAUAACGACAUUCAUUGAAACUAGUCAAAACAUCUAUGAUGAUAUAAAUAUAGCGAAUGAAAUGUUUAUGACAACGACCAUCAAAGUCGACAAACAAAUGAAGAAAUCAUUAUCCGUUGGAUUGAUUGUAUUCAUUAUUCCAAUGUUUCUUAUUCUUCUGAUCGGCUGUGUGUGGUUCACUUACAAAGGAUAUGUGAAUAAAUUAUUAAAUAUUGGUAGAAGUAAAAUUAAUACAAGGAACAACUAUCAAAUAAACAAUGAUAAUAAUAAUAAACAAUCACAAAUAACAAAAAUUGCAGAUGACUGUCUGAAUGAAAAUUCAAAAAUGACUGUAGAAAAUGAAUAUUUUUGUAAUACAAAUGCAAUAGAUAUGAAUCAAAUACGUUUUGAUAAUAAUUCUGGUAGAAGUAACAAUAUGAUAAAUGAAACACUUCACAGCAACAUCUCGUCGUAUUCAUUUCAUCAACAUCAUCACCGUUCAUCGUUGACUAUACCAAGUACAUCUAAUAACAGUUUUCAUACAAUACACGACGAUAAAGAACAACAAAAUAAUAACCAUUAUUCAAUAGCUCAUGAAACUUACGAGAAUGAACAAUCAUCAAUAAAAAGUUUUUUUAAUUUAAAAAAUAAUAAUAGACGAUUAGUGAAAUCGUCGUUACUAACUGAUGAUGGAAUAAGUAAUCAGUUGUCGAGAACAAAUAAUACAACUACGACAAGAAAAACAUAUUCAAACGAUAGUUUAACAGUAUCUUUGCUCUCCUAUGCGACUAUAUCAGUAUCUAGUGGUAAUUUUUCUAGAUCAUUUUCAUCUACAUCAUGA